AUGUUGGUGAAAUUGUUGAGGUUAACAUUGAAGUUUACUGCAGUAAUUAAAGGAGUUGGUGAACUGAACGGAAGGGAAGUAAAAAGAGGUACUGCUUAUUUGCGUAAGGCUUUGGAAGUGGGUAAUUUUGUUGGAUUAAAGAACAAGCAUAGUAGAUCUGGUGAGGACGAAGUUCUUUUGUCAAAAGUCAUAAAGAUAAAGGAAAAUGGAAAAUACAAAAUUCAAAUCAUUCAGAAACCACUUUUUGGGAAAAAAUCUAACAGAUUCCCAAAAGAAUUAACUAUAACUAAAGUUUUUGCUGUUGGUGAAGAGGUUGAAGUAUACAAAGAAGGCGUUUGGGUUAAGGCAAAAGUUAUAGAAGUCCCUGAUAGAAACCGAGAGAUAUACCGUGUUGAAUUUACAGAACAAUCUGAUCUUUAUGGGGAACGAGCAGACAUAGAUGCUAUUAACAUGAGUAAAAUUGAAGAUGGAAGUCACAUACAGCACUAGUAAAUCAAAACAAAAAACGAGAAAAACCCCAUUUA